CUCACAGUCCUGCCGUUGGGCUGAAGUUACCAUUUUUGACUGGGCAGUGCCCGGUUAAUCACCUACCCACCUUCUUCUGUGAUGUUACUCAACCCAAACAGUAAGCCUCCCCAGGUUUGAGGACAAGAGCACAAGUCUUGGUUAACAAGCUGAUUUGCUCUUGAGAUGUCAGAGAGAAUGGCUAUAGUUCACACCUAAAGUCACAGUUAGUGGCAUUGCCAUGCUGCCUGGAGUGGGUGUAUUUGGCACAGGGAGCACAGCCAGAGUGCUGGUCCCAUUGUUGCAAGCAGAGGGCUUUGAAGUUCACGCAUUAUGGGGACGAAGUGAAGAGGAAGCAUGCUGCUUAGCAAAGGAACUUGGAAUCCCGUUCCACACAAGCCGAUCUGACGACGUCCUUCUGCAUCAAGAUGUUGAUCUUGUUUGUAUUUAUAUUCCACCUUCAAUGACAAGACAGAUUGCAGUCAAAGCACUGGGUAUAGGUAAGAAUGUGGUGUGUGAGAAAGCUGCAACUGCUGUGGAUUCUUUCAAGAUGGUGACUGCUGCCAGAUACUAUCCCCAGCUGCUCAGCAUUAUGGGUAACACCCUGCGCUUCCUGCCAGCUUUUGUUGCCAUGCGUGAGGAGCUGGUCAAAGGAUAUGUUGGUGAUAUCCAGGUGUGUGACGUACGUGUGUACGGCCCAAGUCUCCUGGAUCAGUCGUACGGCUGGACCUGUGAGGAGUUGAUGGGAGGAGGUGGACUGCACACUAUUGGCUCCGCCAUCAUCGACCUAUUAAGUUAUCUGACAGGUGCUCGAGCCCAUCGUGUACACGGUUUACUGCGGACCUUUGUGCAGCAAAACAGCUUGAUCCGAGGAAUCCGCCGUGUCACCAGCGAUGACUUUUGUUUUUUCCAAAUGCUGAUGGGUGGAAGUGGGUCUGGUGGUGUGUGCUGCACUGUGACCCUGAAUUUCAACAUGCCGGGGUCGUUUGUACACGAGGUUAUGGUAGUUGGAUCCACUGGUAGGUUGGUUGUCAGAGGCACAGAACUGUAUGGCCAACGCAAUGGGAGUAAAGGUGAAGAGCUGUUGCUAGGUGACAAUGGGUGGGUUGGACCAGAGGUGAAAGAGAUGCCGUUGCCUCACUUGCAGGGACUGAGCUCCAUGGUAAAGGCCUUAAGACAGUCUUUUCAGGCUCAUGAGGAGCGCAGGUCAUGGGCUCGAGAACCAGUUGCUAUGGCACCAACAUUCGAAGAUGGUCUUUAUGUACAGACGGUAGUCGAGGCGGUGAAACGGUCCAGCUGUACUGGAGAAUGGGUGUGUGUUGAGAUCAUGAGUCAAGAGCCAGAUCCAAACCACAACCUGUGUGAGGCUCUUCAGAGAAACAAAAACUGAAUUAAUUUAUUUACUCAGUGCAAAAACUACAUUUGAAACAACAGGGCUCUGAAUGUUUCUCUUUAAUUCAGCUGCUUUUGAGCGUUUACAUAACACACGACUACUUUUUCACAUUCUGUGACAUUUUGAACUGAAUAUUUUAUUUAAAAGAUUAAAAUUGCAUUUUGUGCUUAUACAUUCACAUCUGUUAUUGUAUUUUACACUAAAAGUGUAAAGUAAAGCUCCAUUAUUUGGAUUUUCACCUGAAAACUGCAAAUCACAUCAAUUUUAAAAUGUAAUUAAUAUAUUCUUCUUGCGCAAAUAACAGGAAUUAUGAUUGCAGGUUUCCCAUUAAAAGAUAAACACCACUUGUCAGUAAUGCACAGUUCUUGCAUCAUAAAUAAGCCAGUGUUAAAAUAAUAGCUUUCUGGGCAUAAGCACAGUCAAUUUAUAGAUAAACAACUAGGCUUUUUGUGUGUCUGUAGGUGUGCAUCAAGGCAAGUUUUGAGGGGUCGUAAAGUUUUGUACUGUGGCAACAAAGCAGUUGGCUGCAGCACAAUUUGUCUAAAUAUAUAUUUAAACAGAUCUGAAUCUGUAUCACACAUAAAAUUUGGAUGUUUGAACUAAAAUAUAUUGGUGUUAAUAAACACCAGUAGCACCUUUUAUUAUAGUAAAGAGACAAGCUCAGGUGUGGAUAUGAAAGCAUGAGGUUGAUUUGACUAACAAAAUACUUGAUUACUCUGGCAAACCUUAAAAAAAUAAUUUGUAGUUACACUAACUCAAAUAAGAAUAAUGGAGCUGUACACAAUUUAUUUUUUUAUUUAAUUUUGGAUAGUAUAAUUAUAAGUAAGAUAGCUGAAAAGAUGGGAAGUAAAGCUAUUACGUUUUUUUGUUUUGUUUUGUUAAUGUUAUGGCAUGCCAUGACAUACAUAAGAUACCAGGAAUUGAGUUAAAUAAGCUAUGUAGUGAAAAGUACAAGUCAGAUUUGUAGCAUUGUCCAUCAAAAUGCCCAAUUCUCAAUUUUAAAUGUUUAGAGAUUAAGUUUGAGAAUAGGCUGAUUUAAAAUAAAUAAAUAAAAAGAUUAUAGUUCUCUAAUUCGCACACAACAACUGCUAAGGUUUCAUGUGAAGAAAGUAAACAACUUCCUCUUACAUCUUCCAUGUGCUUUUUUUUCAUGUGUCAUUUUAUGCAAAUGUACUGGUUCCAAACAAGUUUUUACAUGUUAUUGAUAAAUGAUAUGAAAUGGUGGUUUAUAUCUCGGCUAUGUUUUUUCCGAAGGUGUCCGUUUUCUGAUUAUAACUGUAAAAAGAAAAACCAAGCAAAUCCUGAUACAUUUAACAGCUGAAACUGAGUUGAAGGAUAGAGACCACCGAUUUUUAACAGCCACAGUGUGAGCCUGCAUCCAGAGAAAACACUUUAGAUAACAGUUAGCAAAAACAGGCUCAUCGUGUAGAUUAGUUUUGAAUAUAAAAUCUGGAGGAAUUGGACAACUAUAUUAAAAUUUAAGUAAAAAGUUUGAUUACAUUAUUUGAUUAAUUCCAGAAGAUUAGCCUCAUGCAUUUAAAUUCAUUACAGAUGUGUGAGGCCACUACCUACCCUUUAAUACCAGCCAUUCUGAAACUGUACUGACGUUUUCAUAGAGUAGAAGCACUGGAUUUUAUGUUCGUUUGUAAAUGAAUGCCUCACUAAACCUUACCAAGACCAAGAGAGAGACAGGUCGUUACAGUCACUUUUCCAAAAUAUCUUCAGCAAUGGGUAUCUUCCUUGUUUGUAUUAGUGAAUCAGGAGGUGUUUAAGACAGUCACUUGUUAGACCCAUGAAGGAACUGCAAACAUACUAUCUACAUACACAAUACGUGCUUACCUCACAUUAUCCCAGCUGUGCUUUACAAAAACAAUUAGAGUUUACAUUAACUGUAUUGAUAAAACACAUAUUUUCCUGCAGGAGCCAUCACUAUUAAAAUACAUUCCAGAAGACUUUUUAUUAACUUGUCAGCAAUUGUUUUUGAUUUGUUUUUGCACUGACAUGUUUUGCAAACUAUUUAAUAUACUGUUCAAUGCUUACACCAGCCAGCUGGAUGUGAAGCUGAAUUUAACAGUUGUGAGAGGAGGACUUUUGUUUUAUUUAUUUGAGUUGAUGCAGAGUUUGUCAAUAUUUGUUUUGUCAGUGGGGUUUUUUUUUUGUCUGUUUGUUUGUUUUCCCAACCUGUGAAUUUCUGAUAAGUUGUAUUUAUCUUUUUUUUUUUUUUUUUAAUAGAGUCAAUGUUUUAUGUCACAUGGCAUUUUGAGCACUAAUUUGUUGAUUGAAAGUUGGGGAAACUGUAAAUACUGUUUGCAUAACAGAUUUUUCCUAUAAUAAAAAAAAUAGUUUUCAUUUCAA